AUGUCUGCCAAGGCAGUAACGAAAUACAGUUCUGGGUAUUCUCCAGACGAGCAUAAGCAGAAGUCCGUUUCUGAAAAUUCAGUUUCCGUUACACCAUUUGUAUCGGCCUCUAGUUCCUCUAGUUCUUCUGCUUCUUCUGCUUCAUCAGCCUGGAAUAUUAUCAAAAAUCCUUCAAGCGGUAGAACGCGAAUAGGUCAGGCCUGCGAUCGUUGUCGAGCUAGGAAGAUUAAGUGCAGCGGUAAAUCUGAGACGAAUCCGCGUUGUACCAACUGCGAGAAAGAUGGCUUUCAGUGUAUUGUUUCUGAUAAAUUAACGAGAAAUUCUUUUCCCAAGGGGUAUACCAAGAACUUGGAGAAGAAAUUAUUGGAAGUGGAGCUUGAUCGUAAUAAGCUUUCUCUUAAGUUAAAAGACGCAAGGAAGAUGCUUUUCGAGUUGCAGGAUAAGGUUUCUUCUUGUAACCAUCAAGAUAAUUAUGAUGAAAAGAAGAAAUUGUCUGACGUUGGAGGCAGCGUCAAGAACUUUGAUGACCAGCCAAAAGAUAUGCAAUUAUUGGAGCCCAAAGCAAGAGACACUCAUAUAACUUCUUGUUCAGCCCUUCUCGACACUUUCCAAACAGACUGUAAUGGUCUAUUAGUCUUGGAUCAGUUUAUGGUUCUUCCUUUUGAUAAGUUUUUGACUAAGCUUCAAAUCCACUGUUUUAAUGGUUAUGAGAUGAGUUCUGAAUCCCAAUCAGAAUCUUCCAAAGUCGGAAGAAGCAUCGAUUCUGUUCAAAUUCGAGGUCACGAAGAUGCUACCAGUGAUUUUACUUCUCUCUCAAAGACUUCUUAUUCUUCGCCACAGAAGAGUGUGGAUAAACCUUACGGCGAUGAAAAUGAUCCGGAGAUGAAUGUCUUAAUGAAUUAUCACAUGAACUUAAAUCGCUACCUCAAUUUGAUUCUCUACAAAUUGAUCCUCCCUUCGUUCUCUGCUGGUACUUCCGAGGGUAAGGGUAAGUUCAGCUCCAACAAAAAUGGAGAGAAAAAUUUAGACCAUCUUAUCUGGCUAUUCUUCAAUGUAUACAACAAGUUGAUCCCUAUUUUGGAUUUCGAGUUAUUUUACAAUGAUUAUCUCACAUUCAUCAACAAAUACACACUAAAGAAUUCCACCUAUGUUGAAAAUGGUGAGACCAAGAAAAGAUACUAUGAUUUCUCGUCUAAGGAGCAGGAUCUCCUAGUGAAGUUAAUUCUUAUUCUUAAAUUCACUAUCGCCCAACCAAAGGGUUCUGGCUUGUCUUCUAUUCCUGAUGGUAAAUCAUUUAAUCAGUUAGACGAGUCUCUCAAAUUGAUCAACUUGAAGAAUUUGAAGUUGAUGUUCCGCAAUAUGAACUUCACUCUUGAUUUAACCAUGGAUAGGUUGGAAGUUGGUCUCAUGCUAUUCUACUACCUUAUUAAGUUCGAAAACUAUAAUGUGUGUCCGAUGUCCAAGAUGCACACUAGCGAGCAGCGUUUCAAAUCCAAUUUUUUGAGGGAUGUGGCUCUGCUUUGUCUCUCUUUAAAGGACUCGCUUCACUUUAACAGGGAUGUCAGCCAUCUGUCGUUAGCUAGAAAAAACGGUGUGAACCAUCAAAUUAUCAAAAUUCAAAGAUUAAAGAUAUACUGGGAUUUCCGCAUUCUUAUUGGUCUUGCGGAGGUUUAUUUUAAUAUUGAUUUCGAUAGCAUUACACCUGAAAGGGAAUCCGUUGAGAUGAGACCUCAGAGUCUAGAAAGCAUUCGGUUUGUCAGUCCUGACAUUGAAGUAACCUUGCAGUUGGUAAAUUUGCUGGAUAUUACUCCGAAGAAUAUUCUUGAGCUCUGUGUAAAGAAUGAAGAGGCCGCCUUAGAAAGCUAUGACCAAAGAUUGAAAGAUUGGAUUUCGGAAGUGAACUCUCUGCAGGAAGACGAGAACGUCUCAGUAUUUAACAAGUUGAAGACAUACUAUUACUAUUUCAAGAUAGUCAUUCAUUUGAAUAAGGGUGGAGACGCAUUAGUGGAUGCCUGUUCUGGUUUUAUAGAUACCGCCUAUGAACUUAUCUAUACAGGCAAAAAUACCGAAGUGUCUGUGGAGAAUGCUGAAGGACUCAGUCAACAUAGUUUCAAUUUUCAUCUCAUGUGUAUGGUCUCGAUAAUAAUGUUGGGUAAGGGAAACUCAAAAUCCCGGGAUUUGAGUAUCAAAUUGCUGAGGAUCUCUCAAUUGUAUCAGCUUCUUAUAUCAAUCAAAGAUGUGGAGCCGAUUAUAUGCGAUCUUACAAAGUAUGUCUCGGAUAAUGUGGCUCUUAACACCAGCAGUGAUACUAUCUCUCAUGAUAUGUUGGGGCUCUUUUCAUACUCUAUGACUCCAUCCUCGUCGUCAUCGUCUUCUCUAUUUGCAAAAAAUACUCCUGUGCCACCAGGGAAUUCUCACUUCAGUGACUCCAAUAAGGAUAUGGAUUCCGAAAUGGCUUUCGAUUUGUCAGCCUUCAAAAUGUCAUCGGACUCCCGUUUCAUGCCUGCGAAGGAAAAUCCAUAUAAAAGGACAAAGAGAAGUCAAUCCCCAACUUCUUCUAUCAGUGCUGUGUCUUCCGGGAAUUCUUCGGGAUCUUCGAAGAGGCUUUCUGUCUGCUCAAACGAUACUACGGUUACUCCGGUGCCAUUAUUGUUUCCGUCAUUAGCACCACGUGUUCCAAAGAGCUUAUCAUCUGUAUCGUCGGAAUCAAAUGCUGCACAGAAAAGACGCCGACCAUACUUUGACGAUGCUCCGGCCUCAGGUCGGCUGACCCAUUCUGAAGAACUCUCUCAUGCCACGAAAGUUAGAUCGAUGUCAAUUGAUUCCGGAAUUUUGCCUAGUAGUAAGGCGGCACCAGCCGACGUUACUAUGGCAGCUUUCUCAAGAUCUGCUUCUGAAUGUGGAACUAAUAACCAUGAACCCGGAUUAUCUAUUCCACAUUCAUUUUCCAACCUUUUCAAUGAAUUCAACUUAAGCAUGGCUUCUGAUGAGGAUAUGGACUUCAUUCAAAAAUCUACUUCCAAUGAACGGUCUACUCUUCCUACGAUUCCUUCAGAAUCAAACCUUGAGGAAUCGAUUGUUCAAGGUUCCGGAAGCUUGUUUCCAUCAGAUAUGGACGCGAACACUUUCGGUGGGCAGAGCGAUCUUGGCAAAAAACAAGGUAUGGCGUUCAAAGACAACGAGGAUCUUAAUCGCUUGAGAAGACGUGUGCUUAAUAUGAGGGCUUCUAUGACCAGUUGA